UACCACCACCCUCACUACUACCUCUUUCACGCCUUUAUGUGAGCACAAGCAAGCAAUUAGUCUCGAAAAGUAGACGUUAUUAUUGGCCAUCGCUGGCACAGUACUUGUCAAACACAUUGUGGCGGUCGUACAAUAUUUAUGAUGCAAUUUGUGAGAGUCGGUAAUCACCGGCUAUCGUAGUGAUAAGUAUGAUUGACUGGGGAGCGACUUUAUAAAAGCGCAAAACAAAAGCUAAAAAUUUUCAUUUGUACAUCAGACGUUGAGCGUCAAGCACUUGCAAGUAAAUUCAAGUAUAUUAAAUUAAGGCACCAUACGCAUAGUCAAACUUAGUAAAGUCGAAAAAUGUGCGGAAUAUUUGCGAUAUUUUCAAAAGAUGGUCAACCCAUUGAGCCAAAGAUCUAUCACGGUUGUGUGCAUACGUUACGUGAGAUUGCAUAUCGGCAAAGCGGAAAGCAACGGCAUCGGGGUCCGGAUGAUACAGGUGUGAAAGUGAUACCGGAGGAUGGUGUGGUGCUGAUACAUGAACGUUUGGCAGUCGUUGGUGUGCACACUGGUCAUCAACCAUUGGUUUCCGAGAGCGGUGAUGUGAUUGUGGUGGCUAACGGCGAAAUUUACAACUAUCUUGAACAAUCAGCAGAAAUAGCUAAGAAGCGUGGACAUUACAAGCCCAAAAGUGAUUGCAAUGUUAUUGUUGAAUUGUAUGAAGAGUAUGGCGAACAGUUGUUGGAGUAUAUUACCGGCAUGUUUGCCUUUGUGCUUUAUGACAAACGUACGAAAAACAUAUUAAUAGCACGCGAUCCAUUCGGUAUAAUACCGCUGUAUAUUGGUGAGGAUGUGGAUGGUAACGUUUGGGUAGCCUCGGAGAUGAAGUGUUUAGUCGAAUUUUGUCCGAAAUUGGAACUGUUUAAGACUGGUGAGCUGCGUGUAGGGCCAGCCAACAAUCUGCAGCGUAAAACAUAUUUCAAAGAGCAGUGGAUCGAGCAUGUACCCACACAGACGGUGGACUUGACACUACUGCGCUCCAAAUUUGAAUCGGCGGUACGUUCACAUUUGCAGUGUGAUGUACCCUUCGGUGCACUACUCUCAGGCGGUGUCGACUCCAGUUUAGUAGCGUCGAUUGCAUCAAAACUGCGCCGUGAACGCGAUCCAAAAUACCGAUUGAAGACUUUUUCAGUGGGUUUACGUAAUGCGCCCGAUUUUAAAGCUGCAAGAUUGGUUGCAGAUUAUAUUGACAGCGAUCAUACUGAGGUAAUCUUCGAAAUUGACGACGCAUUGGAUGGUAUACGCGAUAUCAUCUACCAUUUGGAGACAUACGAUGUGACUACGGUACGUUGCAGUUUGCCUAUGUUAUUAUUGGCACGCCACAUCAAAAGUACGGGUAUUAAGAUGAUAUUGUCUGGCGAAGGUGCGGACGAAAUAUUGGGCGGUUACCUAUACUUCUUCAAGGCACCAAAUCCGGUAGAGUUCCACAAAGAGCUUGUAAAGCGUGUGCAACUAAUCAAUGUAUCCGAUUGUCUGCGUGCCAACAAAGUUACUAUGGCCAAAGGACUGGAGUUGCGCGUGCCCUUCCUCGAUACAGCGUUUGUUAACUAUGUGAUGUCAGUGCGACCAGAGGAUAAGAUACCUGGCGAUCUCAACUGUUUGGAUAACCAGCAAAAGUAUCGCAUUGAAAAGCAUAUUCUACGUGCUGCCUUUGCAAACAAUUACCUGCCCAAUGAAGUUCUUUGGCGUCAGAAGGAACAAUUCUCCGACGGUGUUGGCUAUGACUGGAUUGAUAGCAUACGUCGUGUGGCGACCUCACACAUAACAGACGCGCAAUUCGCUACAGCCGUCGAACGUUUCCCCAUUAACACACCCACCACGAAAGAGGCCUACUAUUAUCGUUCAAUUUUCGAAGAGUUAUUCCCUGGCCCAGCGGCAGCGCAAACAGUGACACGUUGGGUGCCGCGUUUGGACUGGGGCUGUCCCGAAGAUCCAUCUGGUCGUGCGCAAGCAGUUCAUCAAGUUCACCAGUGAAAUGGCGAUGCAAAGAUUAAAGACUGGCUGUUUAAAAGGCUUAUCUGUGGACGUCGUUGAGUAGUUUUUUUUAACAUUGACAGAUUUGAACAUUUUGUUUAUUAUAAUAUUAGACCUAGUACAUAUAUAUGUAAAUUGAAAAAGUUAUUACUUUUGCUUAGCGAAUUAUCACUAAAAGUAUUAAACGUUCUUUCUUCGGGAAAUUAAUGAGUAGCGUAUAUAAAUAUAAUAUGUGUAUUAUAUACUUAGUGACAUACAUAUAAGCUUUUAAAAAAUAAAGUUGAUUAAGCUUAUCCAACCACUAAAAA